CCAGCACACCCUAGCUGUCCACGCAUGCAGGACCCCUCUCCUUAUCCUUUCUCCUUAUCUCAUUCUUUUUCUUUUCUCUUUCUCUCUCUAAUCGUGUGAAGUAGAGGAUAGAGAAUUGGUGGAGUUUGAUGUUGAGUUGUGUGAGGAAGCUAAGGAGCAUGAUGAGAAGGCUGAUGGAGCUGAGUUUUGAGAUAAGUUUAUGCUCUCCUUGGUACUUGAACAACACUCCGCAGCCUUUUUCUUAUCUAAAUUUCCCUCUCUUUUUCUCUCAACCCAAGAAGCAAACUAGUGAAGGAAUUGUUGGAGAAGAGGUAGCUUUUGUGUUUGGUCUUGUUGGAGAUGCCAAAGUGGGAAAACCAGUCUUGGAAGCUGCGAACUUGAGGUUCCAGUGCGAGCGAUGUGGCCGAGGAUCGCGGCAAGAGCCCAGCAGCCUAGCUAGUGGACACCCGAGUUCUAGUGGUAUACCAUUUUCGGUUCAUGUGAAACAUUUUUGAUAUACAGAGACUUGUAAAUGAAUGUAUAAAAGAACAUGUAAAUAACUAAAUGUUUCAGUUAUUCAGUUAUGUAUAGUUCAGUUUUAAAAGUUUUAAAUUACAGUGAAUUUUAUGUAUAGUUAGUUACUUUCACUUGUGCUUGUUGCUUGCCCUCGUGCAAGCCAUGUAUAUUGAAAUAUUCUCCUGGAA